AUGACUGAAAAAGACGGUGGGAUAUUCUAUAACUUAGAGAGUCUUCUGCAACAGGAUCAUCGUGGAGUAAAUAUAGCCGUUUAUGCUCUCGCUACUGCUGGUCUGGCACUAUCCGUACACAAAAUCCGUCCGAUAAGCAAGUUUUCAAAGGCUUCUAAAGUUCCUAACCACUUUAUCAAGAGACAUGAAUCUUUGAAAGGAACAUAUGUUGGUGUUCAGCACUCACCAGUACGGCUUUUAAUAAAUCAUAGGGCACCUAUUUACCUUCCACUAUGGCAUUCCAGCAAACCUCCACUGCCUGUUAAGCUAUGGGGAGUGGACAUAGUGAGUGGCAAUGCUGUAAAUUGGUUGGACUGUGUUGCCAAAGGGCAAAAAGUUACAUUAAAACCCAUUGGAAGAGAUAAAGAAGAUCUUGUUUCCACUGUUAUUUUGCAUUUACCUGGAAAUAAGACAAAAACAGAAGAAACAUUUGAUGUCGGAAAAAAAUUGGUAGAACUUGGCUUCGCACAAACUUCACUGCCCAAAAAUAUUAAGAAGAACACACUCGAAUCAAAACUGGCGCCAGCAUUACUUUCAGCAGAGUCCCAAGCCAAGUGGAAUAGAAAUGGGAUAUGGUCAGACAGAUUACCGCCAUUACCAGUUUAUGUAAACUACUGGAAAAAAACCUCAGAACUAGCCACUGAAAUUCUUGUUAUGUCUUCCAAGAAGUUGCUACAAAUUUUAUUGCUUGUUGUCAAGAGUGCCUUAGUCGGAGGAAAAAGCUUAAUUCUUAGACCCUUCAGAUCAGCACCAAAACAGGUAAAACAAAUACAAACAACAUGA